AUGCGCUUCACAGGCAGCCUCGCGGCCAUAGCCAAUCUUGCUCAAGCAUGGCCAACAUCAACCGAUCACACUCUAUCAAAACGCUCGACAAGCUACAAAGACCCCGAAACCGGCUUCACCUUCUCCGAAACCAAGGCCGCAGCCACCCUCACCAGCAACAUCAUCUACCGCAUAGCGCAGCCCGCAAACAUUUCCACAAGUCAACCCUACGACAUCGUCCUCCAAGUCAUCGCUCCCAGCUCCUUAGGCUGGGUCGGGCUCGCAUGGGGUGGCAACAUGGUCCGCAAUCCACUCACCGUCUCGUAUCCCAACGGUCAAAAACCGACCGUAUCUUCCCGCUGGGCUACUGGCCACUCAACUCCCCAGCAGUAUCCCUCUGCAACCUACACCCCGCUCUCCACGGGUAACAAAUCAAACAGCACGCACUGGCAAUUCACAGUCAAGUGCACGGGGUGUACUUCGUACAAUGGCUCUUCUGGGCCGGUGUAUGUGGAGCCGAGUGGAAGUAGGCGGUUGGCAUUUGCGUGCUCGCAGGGUAAAGUGAGUAAUCCGGGUUCGACAAGUGCGAGUAUCCCAGUGCAUGAUGUAUACAAUUACAUUACCCAUGACUUUACUGCUGGGAGGAAUGAGGGGUGGGCGGCGUUGUUGGAGAGGAAUGGGGUGUAG